AUGAUUUUCCUGCGGAGGCUCGCGCAGCUGCUGGUGCUGCUGAUCCAGAGCGGAUGGUGGGGGGUCGCGCCGAGCCCCACCGACGAGGGAGCGCUCCGGGCCGGCCACGGGGAGCACGGAGAGCCGGGACACCAGGAGCCGCACAAGGACUCCUACAGCACCUUCGCCUCCGAGUUCCUGGAGUCUAGAUACCUGUCCGAUGACGGUUAUCCGUUCCCCACCGCCCCGCCAGUGGAUCCCUUUGCCAAGAUCAAAGUCAGCGACUGUGGAGUGACCAAAGGCUGCAUAAGGUAUGGGAAGCCAGGGUGUGAUGCAGAGACAUGCGACUACUUUCUGAGUUAUCGCCGCAUCGGGACAGACGUGGAGUACGAGAUGAGUGCUGACACAGACGGCUGGGUGGCCGUAGGUUUCUCCUCUGACAAGAAAAUGGGAGGAGACGAUGUCAUGGGCUGUGUCCACGAUGAUAAUGGACGCGUGCGGAUUCAUCACUUCUACAACGUUGGCCAGUGGGCCAAAGAAAUAAAGAGGAACCCGGCUCGAGAUGAAGAGGGCAUUUUUGAGAACAACCGGGUGACCUGCCGUUUCAAACGGCCGUUAUACGUCCCCAGAGAGGAAACACUUGUGGACUUACACCUGUCGUGGUAUUACCUGUUUGCAUGGGGACCUGCCAUACAAGGUUCCAUCACGAGGCAUGACAUCGACAGUCCGCCAGUGAGUGACCACAUGAUCAGUAUCUACAAGUAUGAGGACAUCUUCAUGCCUUCCACAGCCUACCAGACCUUCAACUCUCCCCUCUGCUUACUGCUCAUAGUAGCCCUCACCUUCUAUUUACUGAUGGGAACGCCAUAA